AUGUCUGAAGCAUCAGGGAAGAAAGAUUAUGUCAAGGCCAAGGUUGAAAGAACUCCACUUGGUGUGAAAUGCAUGGGCUUCAAGAGUGAUGAAGAAGAACUUUCUGCUGAAAACUAUCACAUUGGUCUCGAUCAAGAUGUUGUGCCCGAUGCUAAGGCUUCUGUACCUCGGGAAGAUUCAGGUGUGCCCACUAAAUCUCAUGGGUCUUCUUCUCCUUCAAAAGAGGAUGAACUAGUGCAUGUGUCCACUGAUGAUUCUCAGAUCAAGAGAAAAAGAAGGGUUCCUGAUGUUGAAGAAUCUCCUGCUCCAAAGAAAAAGACCAAGUCCACUCCAGCAACUUCCAGGUCUAAGCAAAAAGCUGUGAAGGGAAAAGGUAAGCAACAGGAAGUUAAAUCCAAGAGUGUCAAGAAAAAGAAGGUUCCAGUUGCUGCUGAGGAAUCUGGGUCAGAUGUUGAAGCUGAUGUCGAGGACAUCUUGCCUUAUGAGAAGAAGUAUGCAGGAAAACACAUUCCUCAGAAUGUUCCUGUUGUACCUAUUGAUAAUGUUUCCUUUCAUGCUGAAGGUAAUGUUCAAAAGUGGAAGUAUGUGUGCCAACGCAGAUUUGCCAAGGAAAGGGAUGUUGGCUCUGAUGUACUUGAGUACAAGGAAGUGGUCGCACUUAUUGAAAAGGAUGGAUUGAUGAAGAUUAUUCUCAAGGUGGGAAGGUGUUAUGAGAGGCUUGUGAAGGAGUUUCUGGUCAAUCUGUCUAUGGAAGUGGGACUUCCUGAAAGUGUUGAGUUCAGAAAGGUGUUUGUGAGGGCUAAAUGUGUUGAGUUCUCUCCUGCUGUGAGCAACCAAGCACUUGGUAGAAGUGUUGUUGAUUUUGUUGAUGAGGAAUUGUCCUUGGAUGUGGUUGCCAAAGAUAUUAGUGCUUGCCAAGUCAAGAAGUGGCCCAUCAAGAAGUUGUUGUCUACUGGAAAUCUGAGUGUGAAGUAUGCAAUCCAUAACAGGAUUGGAGUUGUGAAUUGGGUUCCUACCCAACAUACUUCUGGAGUUUCUACUACUCUUGCCAAGUUGAUCUACAAAAUUGGCACAUCUACUCAUCCUCAGAUCAUCAGGGCUGAUGAGGUUGCUAUGCCCAAGGGUGUUCCAAUUUCCCUGGAUCAUCGUUUGUUCAUGGAUCGACAUGUCCCGAACAUUGUUGUGCCAUUUAGCAGGACUUCAGUCCCUGCUUAUGUGAGUGACUCUGGCACAAAGGCCAUUAUUGCUGAAUUGAUGGAUGUUUCUAAGGUUUUGCAGGAGACUAUCAAGAUCAGCACUGCUAGGAAGAUAAAGGUUGAUGCUUUGCUUCUCAAGCUUCAAGAGGAAGAAGGUCAAGAGGGUGAGCCAAGUGGUGCUGCUACUGCUCCUCAGGAUGCAGGCACUGAAGAAGAGGGAGAAUCUGAGAGUAUAGAAGAAACUGAAGGAGAAUCCAGCUCUGAAGAUUAG